AUGUUCUAUAACAAUGUUGUUCAAGUUAUAGUUAUUACAGGCUUCAUCCUGCAUCCGGAUUUCGGCGAUCGAAACAUGAGUAUACAAAGGAGCCUUGGGAAUGAUGGUGAUCAGCAUGUUAGUGAUUAUCUGAAGCGAAUGCAAACAGAGAAUCCAAGUUUCUUCUAUGCAAUUCAAUGUGACUGUGAGCAAUCUAAUCAAAAUAUCUUUUGGGUUGAUCCAUCGUUCAGGAUGAAUUACAGUUAUUUUGGUGAUACUGUUAGAUUAAACACUUCAUACGUAGCCCAUCAGUUUAGGGUUCCACUGAUCUCGAUAACUGGGCUCAAUCACCAUGGACAACCAGUUCUAUUCGGUUGUGGAUUGCUUUGA